AUGAAUUUUGAUUUAAGAAAAUAUUUACAGCAAAAUCAUAGUCAAUUGACAUGGAAACAAAGACUCAUUAUACUUUCAUACAUAAGUGAAGCAGUUGUGAGACUUCAUCAUGAAAAUUUGAUUCAUAGAGAUUUGCAUUCAGGAAAUAUAUUAUAUACUAAAAAUAACAAUGCUUGGCGUAUUAGUGAUUUUGGAUUUUGUGGCCCCGCUGAUAAACCAUUAGGAAGUAUAUAUGGGAACCUUUCUUAUAUAGCACCCGAAGUUAUGUUUGGAAAAGUAUACACUUUUGCAUCAGAUAUUUAUAGUAUCGGUAUACUUAUGUGGGAGAUUUCAUCUGGACAACCGCCAUUUUCUGGUUUGGAACAUAAUUAUGAUCUUGUGAUGAAAAUAAUGAAUGGAAUGAGACCAAAAAUCGUAUCAAGAACUCCAUUGGAAUAUGCAAAUUUAAUGGAAUUAUAUAAACAAUGA